GCAUUGAUUAGAGAGAGCCCAUGGCUUUGAUUAUGCAGAGUUUUAAAAUAUCGUCUUAUUUUUGGUUGAAUUCAGAGCAUAAGCUGAAAUGUGGUGCUACAACUCGGUGUUUAGCUCGCCACGAUUCUAUUAGACCCAAUGGUCUUUCUUCUGCUUGGGAGAAGGAGAGAAUAAAUAGCCCUUUGGGAAAUGGGGAUUUGGGUACAAGUGUUGGGGAAGAAAAGUUGGAAGCUUUAUGGGAUGAUGGGUAUGGGACUCAAACUGCAAAGGAUUAUCUAGAAUUAGCCCAGGAGAUUACUAGGCCUGAUGGUGGACCGCCACGGUGGUUCACUCCCCUGUCUUGUGGCCCUCCUUUGAAACACUCACCUGCUCUUCUUUUCUUGCCUGGAGUGGGUGGAAGUGGUUUAGGUCUUAUUCUGCACCAUAAGGCACUUGGGAAAGUGUUUGAAAUCUGGAGCUUAAAUAUUCCUGUAGAUGAUAGAACACCAUUUAUAGGACUGGUGAAACUCGUUGAACAGACUAUCAGGAUGAAGCAUGAAUCGUCUCCAGAUAAGCCAAUAUAUCUGGUGGGAGAUUCAUUUGGAGGAUGCUUAGCGCUUGCUGUUGCUGCUCGUAAUCCUACAAUUGAUCUUGUCGUGAUAUUAACCAAUCCAGCAACUUCAUUCGGCAGGUCACAACUGCAACCGUUUUUUCCUUUCCUGGAAGCUUUGCCAGACAAACGUGUUGCAUUCCCUCAUCUUCUAUACUAUUUGGGUGACCUAACCAUGAUGCCAAUGGUUAACAUCAAGAUCUCUGAUGAUCUUGCAGCUUUACUGUCCAAAUUUAAUGAGUUUACUGAUAUUAAACCAAAAGAAAAUCUUGCGUGGAAAUUGAAGCUACUUAAAUCUGCAUCUGAAUAUGCCAAUUCCCGUCUCCAUGCUGUUACAGCAGAAGUACUUGUGCUUGCUAGUGGAAAGGACAAUGUACUUCCAAGUGAAGAUGAAGCUAAAAGGCUUGAAAGGUCAUUAAGAAACUGCAAAGUACGAUACUUUAACGAUAAAGGACAUAGGAUUUUGCUGGAAAACGGUUUCAAUCUAUUAAGCAUCAUCAAAGGUACAAGCACAUAUCGCCAUUCAAGGAGGCAUGACUAUGUCUUGGAUUACUUGCCACCUAGUAUGUCAGAGUUCAAGAAAGCAUUAGAGAACAAUAGAUUUUAUCGCUAUGCUACUGAUCCGGUAAUGUUAUCCACGAUGGAAAAUGGGACUAUAGUAAGAGGUCUAGCGGGGGUUCCUAAUGAAGGUCCCGUGUUGUUAGUUGGUUAUCACAUGCUAAUGGGGCUAGAAUUGAUCCCGCUAGUUGAAGAAUUUUUAAAGGCUAAAAAAGUUGUGCUUCGUGGAGUAGCACACCCAACAUGGUUCACACAGUUAGCUGAUGAGAAUGGGAGUUAUAUUCCAUCAUUUAUCGUUGAUAUGGCACGACUAUACGGGGCAUUGCCUGUCUCAGCCAGUAACCUCUUUAAGCUGCUUGCAACUAAGUCUCAUGUGCUCCUCUAUCCUGGUGGUGCUCGGGAGGCCUUGCAUCGUAAGGGAGAAGAGUACAAGGUAAUGUGGCCAGACCAACCUGAAUUUGUAAGGAUGGCUGCUAAAUUCGGGGCUACAAUUGUGCCGUUUGGAGCUGUUGGAGAAGAUGACUUAGCACAAUUAAUUCUCGACUAUGAUGACUUGACGAAAAUCCCUAUUGUAAGUGAUGCGAUUAGGAGGAGUAGUGAACUCGACGAGAAGAUGGGUACAAGGCUAAGGACUAAUAUGGCCGGGGAGGUUGCCAACCAAACAUUAUACAUCCCGGGCAUGUUGCCGAAGGUCCCUGGCCGCUUGUACUACUUGUUUGGAAAGCCUAUUUCGACGAAGGGAAAGCGGGGGAUGUUGAAGGACAGGGAGGAAGCGCAUAAGCUGUACUUAGAAGUAAAGUCUGAAGUUGAGAACAGUAUGGCCUAUUUGCUUAAGAAGAGAGAGGAAGAUCCUUAUAGAAGUCUGUUUCGCAGGACAGCAUAUAGGGCAUUAGCUUCUCCUUUUGUUGAUGAAGUUCCCACUUUUGAGUGUUGAAUCAAUAGUUGAGUUGCUAAAUAGUUGCACUAUCCUUCUUGGCACAUGCAAUUGUGACUGUGUUUAUAUUGAAAUUGCGUGUCAAUUGAGAUGACAAAUUAUUUUGCAAGUUAUUGGUUA